CAACCGAACCGUGUGAGUGCCAAUGGUCAUUGAUUGGCAUUAACGGAUGCGCCUUGCAUGAUGGGAUGGUUUCAAAGGUUCAGAUUCCGCAACCCAUGGGUUCUAUGCAGUGGCUUAUUGUGUGGAGCAUAAUGAUUCACUUGUUCGUCCAUCUCUGUUUCUGCUUAUUUUGCAAUGAGUAAGGAAACAAGGAGCCCUCAGCAACAAAAUGCGCCAAAUCAGGACAUUGACGCCCAACUACUGUUUGAGCAAUACAAUCCCGCUCUUCAUUUCGAUUCGCCUCCGUUAUCUGAGAAAAGUUCCAAUGGCGAAUCAUGGUAUUUAAUUGGAGAACAAACUGCGCCCACGGAUCAGACGGCGUUUUGGAACACGGUCAAACGAUGGACAGAAGAACCCCAGUUUGUUAUUCCACCGAUUGAAAAAGCCAAUAUUUUGGAGUCCACGGUGAACGAUCACGGACAAGAUCUGCAACACCCAUUUGAACGCGUUCAGCGAGAAUUGGUACCUAAACGCAAAUCCAAAGAUUCUCUUUUUGUCGAGACCGUGGAAUACUAUGAAUACGACAGUGAGAGCGGUUACUGUGGUCAAGUUGUCUACCGUCCGAGCGAGAAGGAUCAGCCAUUGCCAUUUUAUUAUCCAAAGGUUGCAGCGUACCGUUUUGUUUACAUCAAGGAUACACAAUUAUCGGCGUAUCACCAUGACACCAGCGAUGAGCGAGGUUUACUCCGAUUGGAAGUGGUGCCUCUGACCGGGUCACCCAUCGCUGUUACAAAUGCCAAAAUGCAAUAUGCAUUGAAAACGCUUUUGCACAAAUUGUUUAAAUGGUGUAUUCAAGCGAGACUCGGAUACAAGAAGCAGGCGCACCACGAUACCCUUGUUGCCAAGGACACCUAUGUUGCCAUGUACCAGUACAUGAAAGAGAAAUACGCGCAAUCCCUCGUAAGUAACUGGACAGAGAAAACCGAUCCACAAAAGUUUGUCUUUGAAGAUAUCGCGAUUGCCAGUUAUUUGAUCUGCCUUUGGAAAGAGGAAGAAGCACGAACUCACAGAAAACCGACUUUUGUUGAUCUGGGCUGUGGCAACGGACUUUUAACUCAUUUGUUGAUCAGCCAAGGUUUUAGCGGUUACGGUGUCGAUAUCGCUUCACGAAAAAUUUGGAAAAACUUAUGCCGCGGCCAUGCCGACAGUCUCAGAGUGGAAACACUUUAUCCUGCCCAGGCAAGUUAUCCUACCGUGGAUUGGAUUAUUGGUAACCAUGCGGAUGAGCUGGUACCAUGGAUUCCCAUCAUUGCAGCGAAAUCAGGAGAACAUUGCAAGUUUUUGGUCAUCCCUUGCUGUUUCUAUGGUUUGGAUGGGACACGAAGAUUACCACUUCGAGCGACGGCGGAAGGAGGAAAAUACAGGGCUUACACCCACUAUAUCAAGGACAUUGCUUCGCAGUGCGGAUACCAAUGUGAACAAGAUUAUCUUCGCAUUCCCAGUACCAAAAAUAUCGCCUUGGUUGGUCGACAACGCUCCUCACCGGUAGACAUGGCGACACUGAAACAGCUGGAAGAAACCGGGCGUUCAUUUGUUCCUCGAAAAACCGACCGAGAAAAGGAUGAACGGCGACGGGAGUUGAAGCGGUCAAAAAUAGAAAAAAAGGCCUGAGUGACACAAGACAGAAAAAAAAAAAAAAGGUUUUGAUGACAAUAGCAGAUCUUAAACUGAGAGUGAAAAAAAAGGAGUUCAUAUAUUUUUUUUUUGGCCGGUCUGAUGAGUGUUUUGGCUGUGUAAGCUUUUCUUUUAUAGUUCAAG